GCUCAUUAUUAUUCAGGUAUUUGCGACCCACCGCCUCCUGUUCUGCUUUUAAAACGGUUCCCACUCAUAUUAAACCUUAACCCGACGAACAUGGACGUCUCCGAGAAAAGACCACGCCACCUCUGUGAAGACUGCCAACAUGACCUCUGUCAGUCGGAGUAUUUUGAGCAAAACGGGCUUCACGGCAGCGAUGGAUCUCGGAAUGGAGACUCCAACAGCCCGGGGUCAGAUGUGGAGGACUCACCGGCAGACAUCGAUACGGUUUUAUCCGCGAUCAGCGGGUUGUCUCGCCAGAUAACCCAUUUUUCCGAAAGCCUUUAUCAGAAACUUGAUUCCAUGGAUGAGAGGUUUGUUUCCCUGGAAGAACGGAUCUCUGGCCUGGAGGAGAAACGGCAAAGCGAGCCCGGGACGGCGGAAACCCACCCGAGGAAAAGACGGAGCCACAAUGCCAAACUAGCGGAAGCGGUUCGCCGUCUUCACAAUGCGGAAACGAACAACAGUCGUUACGACCCCCAACAGGGAAUGAGCUCUGCGCACAACCAUGCAGUUACCACCAGCCUCGUCCAAUCCCUGAGGACAUAUCCGGAUUUUCAGCGAGUGGAGAGCGGCGUCCUCAUUUCUUCUUGCAAGACUUACUUUGAGACGAUACGAAGAAACUUUAGGUACCAGCAGCCACACCUUGCACACAAGGCUGCUUCGCAGAAGAACUCCUCCAAGAGUCGGGCAAGAAGGAAGAGAUUACUGUUGGCCCGGCAGAGCGUGCUGAAAGCGGAGGAGCUGGAGCUCUGGCGUGGCGUCACGACGGAGCUGAUGUCUGACGAGGAGGACGGCGAGUUGGACGGCACGUUUGGAUGGAUUGUGCGUCGUCCCUCGUUUCGUAGCGAGGAACUCGGCGACCUUUGCACGGCUCUUCAAAGCAGACUGGAUUCCACUCGGAAGUUCAACGCCACGUAUCACCAGCGGCUGCGCUUUGGACCCGACUCUGACAGACCGCCGCCCAGCAACUACAGCGCCGACGCGGCGAAGAGACACUUCAAACCGGAGGCCUUGCCUGUAAUUCUAGAAUAACUACCAGAACUCUGUGGGUUCUGGGCCAACAUAAAAACAUUUGGUACAUGUUGUAAUGUGUAAUCUGGAAGAAGAUUAGGACCACAGAAAAAAAUAAAUUCAGAUUUUUGUUUUGUUU